GACUGGUGUCUGUGGUGGUGGUGGUGGUGGUGGUGGUGGGGUUAGGUCAGAGUUGUUGCUUCUUCAUUUGUCAAAUUGCUACUCCUUCUCCUCCGAUCUCUUCGAAUCUCACCCUGCAUUGCUCUUCUCUUUAGAUCUGAGUUACCCCAAGGGUAAUGUGGUGAGGUGAGGCUCUCCCGGCGACAAUGGAUAAUAGCAACGCACCACAUCGCUUUCGGAGAAUAUCUCGACAUAACCCUGCGCAUCUCAACUUGCUCGAUGAAAAUUUGGAGCAGUGGCCUCAUCUGAACGAACUGCUCCAGUGCUACACAAGUGACUGGGUGAAAGAUGAGAGCAAGUAUGGGCAUUAUGAAAGUGUCAGUCCUCCUCACUUUCACAAUCGAAUAUUUGAGGGGCCCGAUUCUGAUAUCGAGACUGAAAUGAACCUUGCAAAUGCAAGGCUAACCAAGGGUGAAGAUGCUACUGAUGAUGACACCCCAAGUACCUCUGGACGCCAAUUUGCAGACUCUCAUGUUUCUCAGCGUUUUGGCCAAUCUCCCCUACCUGCUUAUGAACCAGCUUUCGAGUGGGAAUAUGAGAGGUCAAUGAUAUUUGGCCAGAGGACUCCAGAGACCCCUGUGGUACACCAUGGCAAGAGGAAUCUCCUAAUUUCAACAAUUGAACAUCAAAUCCUAAUAACAGAAGAUGAGAAAAGUUUUGUCUUGACAACAAUGAAGAUUUAGUGGUAUGAUUUAAUUUUUUUUGCUCUUAUUAUGAUAAAUAAUUGUAUUAAGAUAAUUCAUUGUAUUCUUUAUAUAUAUUUUUGUUCAAAAUAAAUAUCUAAUAUCCUAUCAUUGUGAUAUUUGUUGUUUUGAUAAUGUUCCUGGGCCUUGCUCUAGUCUAGUUUUGCAUACUUUAUACAAGGGUUUCAAAAAAGUCAGAAAGUAGCUAGAAAGAUUAACCAAUUAAGUCUCAUCUAAUCAAAUAUGGCAUUUGUAUGCUAAAAGGUGAAUCCUUUUGGUCUAUUUGUAACCAUAGAUCCAAAGGGGGAACCAAACACAUAUAUAUACCUAUCUUUGAUUGGUCAAGUCUUGAUAAUCAUAAAUAAUUAAUUUGAAUUGCUUUCCCACUAAUAUUGAUGCAGUUUGGAAAAGACUGUUUUUGCUUCUAGCUUUACUUGUUAUUCUUUAUAAUGUCUAAAAGACUCAAAAGAAUCAUUGCAUUUGUAGAGUUGAUUCCACUUACUAGUUCUUCUUCAAUGUUAGUCAAUGACAAUUAGUCGCAUUAAUUUAAGAUGUUUCUUUAUAAUUGCUUUCUUAGUAUCAAUUCCUAGCUAAAAAAAAAAUUAUGUUAUUAUGCAUAUUCUAUGGUUAAUGAUGAUCCACUACUCUCUUCUAAUAUUAUAUAAAGGCCACAAUGAAAAAAGUUUGCUCUAUGCUCACCCCACUACUCCUGUUAUAAUGCAAGUAUUUGAAAUUUUUUUUUAAAGGCUCUUCUCAAACUUAUAAAUUACUAUUUAUAACUGUUUAAUCUAUUUUUCAUGUCAAAUUUCUGCACAAAUAAGCCUUGCAAAUGCAAAGGCGAACCAAGGGUGAAGAUGCUACUGAUGAUGACACCCCAAGUACCUCUGGACGGCAAUUUGCAGACUCUCAUGUUUCUCAGGUUUUGCUCUUUAACUUUUUUAUCUGGCUAAACCAUACCGAUCCAUCUGAAGUAGU